UUGUGGUACUCGAUGCACCGCUCCUAUACGAGUCUAACAUCUAUACAUGGUUUAUCGACAGGGUUGUGGUGGUGGGAUGUAAAGAGGAGGAGCAAAUUGCUCGCCUUGAGAAGCGCAAUGGAUUCACACGUGAGCAGGCGAUGCAACGCGUACGAGCUCAGAUGCCGAUAGAAGAAAAGUGUAGGCGUGCUGACUACGUCAUCCGCAACAGCGGAACCCUAACGGAAUUGUUUUUUUCCGUCAAAGACAGUGUAGAGUGGAUGCGCCAACAGUCUGGCUUUAAGAUGAAUACUAUUGUUUUUGUUUCCGCCGCAGGCGGUACUGUGUGCCUCGCGGCUGUGGUGCAUUUGCUUUGCCAUCUGCUAUGGUGA